AUGAUCAAUUUACCAUUACUAGACAAAUUCUCUGUACAUCUUCUCUUUGUUAUUAUUUGGGGCAAUGCUGAUAUGCAAACUACUGAAAAUUCAACAUCUAAUCGUUUGAGCAGAUCUACAUCGUCUAUGGCAAACUUCAAUGGUCUACCAAUAACGCGAUUAUAUGUAAGUAUACCAGAAGAAUUAACACCUGGCAGCCUUGUUUUAGACUUGAAUAAACAUCCUAAAAUAAACAAUUUUUUAACUGAUCAAAAUGCUCUUUUAAUGCAUAACACCGGUUUAUAUCGAUAUAGAUUAUUGAAUGCGUUUGAUAGUUACUUAUUUCGUAUAGGAUCAAAAACUGGUAAAGUGACCGUCGCUACACGAUUGGAUCGAGAAGCAUUAUGUUCAAGUUUAAAAGCUCAAUUCUGUUGUAACACAAGAUCUGGCAGUAUACCAGCUCCAGUUUUAGGUGAAUCUGACUUGAAAAUGAGAUCAACCGAAGUUAAUCCAAGUCAACAGUGUUAUCUAGUAGUACAUAUCAGUUUACAGUUUGACAGUGAAAAUAAUCAAAACAAUGACAUUUUUGUUAAUCCACAUCAACAAGAUAAGACAAGUCGGGCAGCUUUAAUUUACCUCUAUGUACAUUUAGAUGAUAUCAACGAUCAUACACCACAGUUUCCUGCACAUUCCGUUGAUUUGAAUGUUAUGGAAGACACACCAGUUGGAAGUGUUCUGCACUAUUUUAGAAUAUCUGAUCCUGAUAUCGGUUCAAAUUCAUUGGAAUCAGUCAAUUUAACAGUUAUUCCACUACCAAAUUUAUCAGCUGAUCAGUCGGUAAAAUUACAACAGAUGAAUUUUUUAAUACCUGAUUUAUUAAGUAAACCAUUUGAAGUGGUAAUGACAAGAGAGGGUGCAACAUUUAGUCUAAAAAAUCAAUUAGAUCGUGAAAUUGUUCCAGCCUAUGAUGUCACAUUGAUUGCAUUGGACGGAAACAAACAAAAUCCACGUUCAAGUCAAAUCGGUUUUCGUGUACACGUGGCUGAUGUUAAUGAUAAUCCACCUAAAUGGUUAAAACAAAAACCGUUAAAUGAUGUUCAAUCUUCAAAUUAUGAACAAGAAUCUAAUUUAGAAUUAGAUAAUGACUAUCCAAGAUUUAUUGUAUCAGUACCAGAAAAUACGCAGAUAGGUGCCUUGAUUUUUUGGCUUCAAGCUCGUGAUGCUGAUAUAGGUGAAAAUGCCCGUCUACAGUAUUUAAUUGAUACAGGUGCUCCUGGUGGAUUGGUCGGAGCAGAUUAUUUGUCAGUCCAACCAAAUACAGGUGAAGUAAGAUUGAGAACUCAACUAGAUUAUGAAACAAUUUCUAUGCAGAUUAAUGGUCCUGAAAUCGAUAUCCCAAUAGUGGUACAUGACAAUCCACGAAAUGGACGUCAACUGUCCGCUAGGGGAAUGCUUGUAGUUAGAGUUUUGGAUGUAAAUGAUGUACAUCCUACAGUCGUCGCAACACCCCUAGCUCCAGUAUUAUCUAGCGGAAGCUUCUUUCCAAACUCGAUUGAAAAUAAUCAUGCAAGAUCUGUUUUCGGAAUUUGGGAAAAUCAACUACCUGGUCAACCUGUAGCUAGUAUUCAUGUUAGCGAUCCUGAUACUGGUGAUGGUGGAGUUGUAGAGUGCACAAUUACCAGUGAGUACUUCCGCUUAGUAACAGAAUCAUCAGCAUUAAGAUCGCCCUAUGAAACAUUAUAUGAUACAACCAGUCUGGAUACAAUGAAGCCUGAUUACAGUGUUCCAAAGGUAAUAGAAGCUUUAUCUGGAUCUGCUACAUAUCAGCUCAUCUCUUCACAACGUUUAGACAGAGAGACUAUUGCUCGACAUCAGGUUCUACUAACUUGCCGAGAUCAUGACACAAUAAAACCGCUAGUAUUUACAUAUCGGCUAGAUAUUGAAGUGAUGGAUGAGAAUGACAACCCACCAGUUAUAUCCUCUGAUAAACUUGUGUUAACGUGUCCAGAAAACGCAUCACCUGGAAGAGUAAUCGGUCGACUAAAUGUUACAGACGCUGAUAUAGGUGAAAAUGCCCGAUUACACUUUUGGAUUGAUGAAGCUGAUGCGAGUUGGAUUAGUAUACAGUCUAAUACAGGUGAAAUUCGAGUGAAUACUGUAUUUGAUAGAGAAUUGGAGCCUGAACGUAUAUUCACUGUUUAUGUAUCCGAUUCAGGUGCAAAUGCACAUACAGCUUCAGCUGAAGUUAAAAUUGAAAUUUUAGAUGAAAAUGAUCAUACACCACAUUUCACAGAUUUAUACUUUUUCUCCAUACCAGAAAAUAGCCCACCUGAUACAGAAGUUGGUCAAAUUCAUGCUGUAGAUGAAGAUGUUGGAGAUAAUGGAAAGGUCCAAUAUUUUCUUCGUCAACCAAGUAGAGAAUUUGAUUUAGACAAACAUACAGGCAAAUUAACUGUACGGAAAAAUAUAAUCGACAUUGGCAAGCAUCAUUCCAAUGAAUUAUUUGGAAAAGUUUUUAGUUUAUUAGAUCGUGAACAAAAAGAUACUUAUGAAUUAACAGUAUACGCUGAAGAUGCUGGUAAUCCAUCAAGACGUGCAACUACAGUUGUACAUAUCAGUAUAUCAGAUGUAAAUGAUCAUGCACCAGAAUUUCGUUAUCCUACACCUCAUGGUAUUGGAAGUCUAUUAAAUAUAUCAUGUGCACAAUUAGGAAGUCAAAUUAUAGCUCAUGUACAUGCAAACGAUUCAGACACAGGACGUAAUGGCGAUAUUGAAUACAGUAUUGUUCGACAAAACAGUAGACAACAAUUGCAAAAAGUCAAACGCAAUGGAGUUGAUAGUGAUUUACUAACAGAACUUUCUGAAAUUUCAGAAAAAAAUGUUUCAAGAGAUAAAAAUUCCCAGUCAAAUCAAACAGUCUUAUCUGAAAUAAAAGAAACUGCAAUUGUUUAUGAUGGUGUAAAUAAAACUAUAGCAACGAAAAAUGGUUCCAAUACAAGACAUGUGAAAUGGGCUCCAUUAUCACAAAUACUUUUAGGUGGACCUACUGAAGAACAUUUUGAUAUAGAUAGUUAUAGUGGUCAAUUGUUUUUAAUUCAUCCUGUAUUUGAUUGCAGUCAAUCAGUUGAUGUAAAAUUAUUAAUUCAAGCAACUGACGGUGGUCAACCAUCAAAAUCGUCUACAGCCCAAUUGACAUUACAUAUUUAUCCGGUGACUAUGACAAAUGGAUUAGACAGUGAGAAUAAUCUAAAUACUUAUAGUAAUAAUGAUCAUAGUUUUCAGAGUGCUACAGAUAUUCGAAGUCAUUUAGAUUUUAAUCGACAUCUAAGCAGUAAUACAAAUGCAUGGACAGAUCACAAAAAUUCCAGAUCAGUAAAUCGAGCUGGAUUCAGUGUUUCAUCAUCUGGUAUGACAAGUAAUCAGAGAAGCAUGAAUAAUUAUCAUUGGUCAGCUAUUGUUGGUCUCAUUGUAGCCAUGAUUGUCUUAGUACUGUUAUUGUGUCUUAUGCUGAUUAUUUUAAGGAAAAGAUUUAUUAUGGAUACGAGAAAGCUGCCCGCUAAAGCUGAAUCGAAAGGGAAUAUAGAUGGAGAUAAAUAUCAAACAAUGGUGGGUAUGACCAUACGUUCAAAUGACACAACCCUACAAGAUAUCUAUAAUAGAGGUGGUUCACAAAUUGGACAACCAUUACAUGAAGUAGUGAAUAAUUCUCAUUCACAUUCAACAUUCUCAACUAAAACUUUAAGUCCACAUCCUGUUGAAGAAUUUAAUAGUUCACCAAUAGGUACCAUGUUAUUCGAUACACAUCAUCAACCAUUAGUUGGAAAUAAUUUUUUUCGUACUCUACCUAUUUCGUCGUCCACUGCAACAGGACUAGUAUCACCAACAACAGGUAUGGCUUUAAAUACUGGAGAAAUAGCUUUAAUUCACCAUGAUUCCAAGUCCGUAAAUAAUCGAAAUAAUAAAACUACAACUAAUAUCAAUAAUGCAUGCAAUACAGAACAAUUGCAAUCAAUUUACAAAGUACAAAACAGUGAACUUUAUGGAUAUGUUGAUACACAACCACGAAAGAAAAAUAUUAUUUUACAAGGGAAUCUCUAUCAAACAUUACAAACAAAACAAUAUCAAAACCCACAAAACGUAUCAUCCUUUAACAGAAUCAUAACUGAAGAUUUUACAAAUACUAAUAACAAUAAUAAUAAUAAUUACUUAAUUAACAACAGCAAUAAUAAUGAUGCAAUGAAAAGAUCGAUGACUCAAUAUCAGCAUCAUCAUCAGUAUAAAAAUGGACAGUAUACACCAUUACUCGAAAUGAAUAAUCAAAGGCACAUGUUAGAACGCUUACAAUUAAUACAAGCAUCACAACCGAACUUAUGCAUUGGUUUUCAUGGUGAUCGAGAUGAUAAUGAUGCUGAGGAUGAAGAAGAAGAAGGUGGUGGUGGUAGUAAUCACAUUGACGAUAAUAUCAAUAUUAAUAAUGUUACUGCUAAUGACUGUCAUUCGUUUGGUCAAAUCCACAAGAAAGAACCAUUUAUAUACCAAGAAAGAGCUUUUAGUUUAACCAAUUUAAUUCCAGAAAAAUCAGAAAUUAUAUCUUUCAAAGAAUUAGACAGCGAUAAUAAGAAUAAAAAUAAUAAUGAGAAUGAUGAUCACCGAAAUAACAAUAAUAUUAAUCACAUAAAUGAAUAUCAAAAAUCGAAAAACUACAUGCAAUAUGAAUUGUCUUCACCAUCAGUUAAUAAACUACGUCUACAACAUAGAGAAGGAGAACACCACCAACAGACACAACAUGAAGGAUUAAAGUUGGUGAAUAACAAAAUGCAUAAAUUAAAACAAAAUCCUUCAACAACAACACUACCACCAAUAAAUAUGUCAAUAUCGAAUGCAAAUCAAUACAUCACAUCAAAACCCAUUCAGUCAAAACAUGCAACAGAUGAUAUAACAAAAAAUUCGAACUCUAAUACUACCAGUAAUAAUAAUAAUAAUAAUAACUCAUAUUGUACUGUUAGUUUUGUUUGA